AUGCUCUCCACCGCCCUGCGCCGCCCGCUCCUGGCCCGCCCGCUCGCCCGCCGCCUCUCGACAUCCCCGCCCCCUCCCGGCUCCCCCCGGCGCUUCUCCGCGCUCGCGCUCUCGCUCUUCUCCCUCGGCUGCUCCUCUGCCUACCUCCUCGGCGCGCUCUACCCGCCGCCCCUCCUCACCCUCCUCGCCCCGCGGCCCGGCCCCGCCCCUCCGCACCCGUCCUCGCCCGAGGCCGCCGCGCACGCCGCGGAGCUCGAGGCGGCGCUGCAGGCGCUCCCGCCGCUCGCCGCCGCGCGCGGCGCGCCGGACGUGGGCGAGUGGUACGAGACGCGGCCGUACACGCACGUCCCCGAGGAGCGGCGGGUGAACAGCCUGACGGCGGGCGCGCUCGCGGGGCCGGGGCGGCUGGCGGUGCGCCCGCUGGUGAGGGCGCGCAGGGACGAGAGCGAGAGCUGGGUGUUUGUGCACGUUGGGCGGGGCGUGUGCGGGCACGAGGGGAUCGUGCAUGGGGGGCUGCUUGCGACGCUGCUGGAUGAGGGGAUGGGCAGGGUGGCGAUCCAAAACCUGCCCGAGAAAGUGGGUGUCACGGCUACGCUGAAUAUCACGUACCGCGCACCGACGCGUGCGGACCAAUUCAUCAUCCUCAAGACGAAGCUCGACCGCCAGUCGGGGCGCAAGGCGUGGGUGAGCGGGCGCGUCGAGGACGCGAACGGGAAGCUGCUCGUCGAGGCGAACGCGAUGUUCGUCCAGCCGAAAUACGCCGCCCUCCUGAACAAGUCCGCCAUCAGGCAGGUGAUGGGCGACCCCGAGCUCGACGCACAGGCGCGGCCCGUCGUCGAGGGCGCGGUGUACCCCACGCAGGGCCGCGACGAGCGCGAGGCGUAGGUGACCCGCAUACAGCGGUGCUCGGGGGACAGGAAGGGCAGAGUCAGGAGCGGGAGGCGGGAUGUGGAGGAGAGAGGCGAGUAGAGAUAGACUGACAGCGCUCACCCG